AUGGAACGAAGGCCUCUGGACCAACCUGUAUCAGACAGAAAAUGACCAAAUCGUUCCCCAAAUCAUUAUCCACAUGUUGACAAUAACACAUAUGAUAUGAUUUUCCACUAUAAAAAAGUCUAUGUAGCCCCAAACCUAAGAAGCUUCACUCAUUGCAACAAUGGCGCCCAACACCAACAGUGUCCUCCUCUUCCUCACCCUCUCCCUCUUCCUCUCUCUCGCUUUCUCCGACGACCCCGAUUGCGUUUACACAAUUUACGUUAGAACCGGGUCAAUCAUCAAGGGUGGGACUGAUUCCAGCAUCAGCGUGAGGCUCUACGACGGCAACGGCUACGGCAUCGAGAUCAGGAACCUGAAAACAUGGGGAGGGUUGAUGGGAUCCGACUACGACUACUUCGAGAGGGGCAAUCUCGAUAUUUUCAGCGGCCGCGGACCCUGCCUCACCGCCCCUAUCUGCGCCCUCAACCUCACCUCCGACGGCUACGGAUCCGGCCACGGUUGGUACGUCAACUACCUCGAGGUGACGUCCAUGGGGGCUCACAUACCUUGCAGCCAGCAGCUGUUCACGAUCGAGCAGUGGCUCGCCACCGAUACGUCGCCGUACGAGCUCACAGCCAUCAGGAACUACUGUAAUUCCAACGACGCCGUCGAGGAGAAGAUCCGAUCCGGUUCCGGUGGUUUGGUUUCAUCUGUUUAGUUAGUGUCCGGAAAAUGAGGUGUGUGAUGACGUUUGUUAUGGUAAUGAUGAGUUAGAGCAUAAUAUCACUGUUGUGCUUGUUAUCGGAAUCCAUGGUUAUUCAGUUGAGCGGUUAUGUACAAGUGUUUAAGGCUUUGUUUUGCCAAAUAAAUUAUGGGGUUUCUUCUCUUC